CAGUGAUGUAACACCUACGUGCUGCAUGUGUGUAUAAAAGUCCGUAUACCCAUAACCAGAUCCUGGUAUCAAGAUGAGGAAUCUUCUUUUUGGGCUUAUUUUUGGGCUUCUUGCUAUUGUCCACUCAGCACCUGUUGCAAAUGUGACCCAGAUGCCCGCUAAGGCUGACGAUGAAAUUCUCCUCGAGGCCGUGACGGAUGGGUUCUUGAUCGAUCUCCCUGCACUCACAACUGAGUCACCUAAGAGGAACACAACAACUCCAGCUUCCCAGCAUCUGUCCACCGUUACAGGAGAGAGCAGCUUUGAGGGUAGUGCUGUAGGGGAGACCAGCGACCUGUUCCACCAGCAUGAAGGUGAACAACAUGCAACCACAACUCUGAGUGUCACACAUACCCAGAGUUCAACCUCAUCCGUGUUUCUAAGAGCAGUCGACCACUCCAGUUUUAAUUUAUAUGAUAUUCAAAGCACUCUGCCCAGCUUUACCCCAACAUCAGUGCCAAAAGAAACCCAGUCAAGCACCACCACAGACCGCACCACUACCUCUCAAACCACUAACCAUGCUGGCCCCAGCUUUGACCCCCUGAGCUCUGAUUCAGGCUCUGGGGAUGAACAGAUCAUUGACCAGUACCCAGCUACCACCCCAAGUAUGACCCCUACCACAAGCCCGGUAACCAAGACUUCAACCACAAACUCUGCAACUAUCUCUGAAACAACAACCACCACAGCUGCUCCUUACAAACCCAAAGCUCCACGAAUGUUUGCAGGAACUGAUCAAUCAGAAUCAGAACUUGGAUCUGGAGAGGACUCAAGAAUUCUGGAUUUCACUUCUGAGUCAGAGCUCCCAAAAUCAGUCGAUGUUGUGGACAAUGAGAAAGUCAUUAUCAAUAACGAACCACAGAAAGGACAUACUGAACACCACCAAGGAAGCAGAACACCAGGCUGGAUCAUCAUCGUUGCUUUUAUUGUUGGUAUUGCAGCACUGGUUGUGAUCUGCAUUGCGAUCGCUACAAGAGACAAGUGGAACGGACCGAAACAAGCAACUCAGCUUGAGAACAACACUAACUCUGCAAACCAGCUGAAGGAGCAGGAGAUGGAGACAUUCAUUCGAACCGAUCAGCCAAAGGAGAAUGGAAAGGCAACAGAAUACACUGUCAUCCCCUUGGACGAGCUUCCAGAGAAAUACUCAUCAGACUGAGUUUCAGAAACUGGCCCUUGGGAUUUUUCUGGCUCGUCAAAGAACCGCACGGCUGUGUUUGAAGCAGAGGGAUUUGGUCUGAGGAACAAAACAGUCAGUGAGCUGUUAGAGCUAGAGGUUUCAGCUCUGAGCCCAGACUGAACAAGAAUGACAGUCUGUUUUUUCAGCUGACUUUAACAAACUCUUAUCAUAUCUUCACCUUGAGACUGCAGCAUUAUUUUGCUUAAUGUAUUUAUUGUCAUGUCAGCUCUUUUAUGAGCUCCAUUAUAUAGAGCCGUCCGGUUACAUCCAUAAAUGCCAUUUAUUUCAAACGGUCAUUACAGUGUUUUAUAUAAAGACUUUUCAUUGUAAAUAAAUAUUAUGCUCUGUUUGUGGACACAAUGUAAUGACUGUGUGUCCGGUCUGGUGAAAAUAUCCUUUGUCUUUGUUGUAAUUAUGGUCAAUCUCCAUUUAAUUAAAUUAUUGGAGGCUGAGUUUGGAUUGUAACUUAUAUUAAGCUGCUCUGUUUUCCUGAUUUUCAUUGUAGAGGCUCAGCCCACAAACUCAUUAGCUUCUCUCUUCAACCUACGCAGCACUUCAGCUGUCGCACUUAUUGAAUGUUCAUUUCACCACCACCCCCGUUUGAGAAAUAAACACAACGCAAGCUCAUCAAUA